AUGGCUACCUUCCCAGACGAUUGCCUCCCUCCUGAAUCUAUCUACGACUCCCGAGAGGCCUUAUUCGAGUCAAUUAAUACGUGGGCUGCUGUUAGGGGUUAUGCAUUUAUAGCACGGAGGUCGACUAAAGAGAAGAAUGGACGAUCUACGAUCACAUUCGCAUGUGAUCGAGCAUGCAUCCCACCUACGCCAAGAGAACGCCAGAGAAAGACAACUACUCGAGGAACCAGCUGCCCUUUUUCAGUUAUAGCUAAAGAGUCAGGUGAAGGCUGGACUUUAAAGCAUCGUCCCGAUCAGCGCUUCUCUAUACAUAACCACGAGCCGAGCCAAUGCCCGUCUGCCCAUCCAAUUCAUCGGCAAUUAUCCGGAUGUACUUCACAACUCGUAAGGCACUCGAAUGCCGGUAUCGCACCAAAAGAGAUUCAAACACUUGUACGGCAGAGCGGCUCACUAGCUACGCGGCAGGACAUCUAUAAUCAAAUUGCAGCUGCGCGACGAGAUUCAUGCGAAGGCCAGAGCCCGAUUCAUGCGCUUGUGAAUCAGCUCGAUAAAGAAGGCUUCUGGAGUCGAAUACAAUUUACACCAGACGGCCAUGUUACGGCAGUACUUUUUGCACACCCUGACUCUCUUACCUACCUUCAAGCUUACCCUGAACUCCUCCUCCUCGAUUGUACAUAUAAGACGAAUAAAUACGGUAUGCCCCUCCUCGAUAUGAUUGGCGUCGAUGCGGCUCAGCGGUCCUUCUGUAUUGCAUUCGCAUUUCUGAGUGGCGAGACUGAAGAGGAUUAUACGUGGGCCCUCGAGCGGUUGAAGUCGCUAUACGAGCAAUGUAACGCUACUCUUCCGUCCGUUAUUUUAACAGACCGCUGUCUUGCAGUUAUUAAUGCGGCUUCGGCUCUUUUCCCUUCCGCGGCGACUCUUAUCUGUAUUUGGCACGCGAAUAAGGCAGUCCUCGCUCGAUGUCAACCAGCGUUCCCAGACGCUGAGAAAUGGAAGGAGUUCUAUAGGUUUUGGCACUCGAUCAUUAACUCGCCCAUUGAAGAAGUAUACGCCGAGCGCCUCGCAGAGUUCCAACAAAAAUACGUCCCGGAACACCUCGAGGAAGUUGGAUAUAUUAAGACUACGUGGCUUAUCCCAUUCCGGGAGAAGCUUGUACGAGCUUGGGUCGACCAAUCAACUCAUUUUGGUAAUACAGCUACCUCCCGAGUUGAAGGGAUCCACGCGCUUAUCAAGUCCUACUUAAAGAGAUCGACGUUCGACCUCUUCGAAGCUUGGAAAGCAAUCCAACUCGCUCUUCUCAACCAACUCUCUGAGCUAAAGUCGAACCAAGCGAAGCAGCAACUUCGAGUGCCUCUCGAGCUCUCGGGAGCUUUAUACGGGAUCGUACGAGGUUGGGUAUCGUACGAAGCUUUAAGGAAGGUGGAAGAGCAACGAAAGUUGCUUGCGAGGAGAGAUCCACCUCCGUCCUCAACUUACGCUCUCCAAGGGGGUCUUCUACUCGAUCAUUUCCAUUCGCAUUGGCAUUUAAUACGUAAGGGAGCUCCGAAAUUGCUUCUCGAGCCUCGUCAGCGUAUUGAGCCAGUACAGCCUCGAAGCUUGGCCGUCCCGAGGUCAAGUACUAAGCGGGAGCCUUGUCAAUUUGAAAUUGUCAAAGCCCAAGUAGCCCGGGCCCGUCGAGGCCCUAAUAAAUGUACGAAUUGCGGUGCAACUGGCCAUAUAAGGACCUCGAGGGCAUGCCCUCUACGGCGCUGGGCCGAGGUUCUGAUAGAUGGAAUUUUUAGGAGGAUUACAUAA